ACAACACAGCCAUGGAGACAGAGACUACAGGUACACACAACACAGCCAUGGAGACAGAGACUACAGGUAUACACAACACAGCCAUGGAGACAGAGACUACAGGUACACACAACACAGCCAUGGAGACAGAGACUACAGGUAUACACAACACAGCCAUGGAGACAGAGACUACAGGUAUACACAACACAGCCAUGGAGACAGAGACUACAGGUAUACACAACACAGCCAUGGAGACAGAGACUACAGGUAUACACAACACAGCCAUGGAGACAGAGACUACAGGUAUACACAACACAGCCAUGGAGACCGAGACUACAGGUACACACAACACAGCCAUGGAGACAGAGACUACAGGUAUACACAACACAGCCAUGGAGACCGAGACUACAGGUACACACAACACAGCCAUGGAGACAGAGACUACAGGUAUACACAACACAGCCAUGGAGACCGAGACUACAGGUACACACAACACAGCCAUGGAGACAGAGACUACAGGUAUACACAACACAGCCAUGGAGACCGAGACUACAGGUACACACAACACAGCCAUGGAGACAGAGACUACAGGUAUACACAACACAGCCAUGGAGACCGAGACUACAGGUACACACAACACAGCCAUGGAGACAGAGACUACAGGUAUACACAACACAGCCAUGGAGACCGAGACUACAGGUACACACAACACAGCCAUGGAGACAGAGACUACAGGUAUACACAACACAGCCAUGGAGACCGAGACUACAGGUACACACAACACAGCCAUGGAGACAGAGACUACAGGUAUACACAACACAGCCAUGGAGACCGAGACUACAGGUACACACAACACAGCCAUGGAGACAGAGACUACAGGUAUACACAACACAGCCAUGGAGACCGAGACUACAGGUACACACAACACAGCCAUGGAGACAGAGACUACAGGUAUACACAACACAGCCAUGGAGACCGAGACUACAGGUACACACAACACAGCCAUGGAGACAGAGACUACAGGUAUACACAACACAGCCAUGGAGACCGAGACUACAGGUACACACAACACAGCCAUGGAGACAGAGACUACAGGUAUACACAACACAGCCAUGGAGACCGAGACUACAGGUACACACAACACAGCCAUGGAGACCGAGACUACAGGUACACACAACACAGCCAUGGAGACAGAGACUACAGGUAUAGACAACACAGCCAUGGAGACCGAGACUACAGGUACACACAACACAGCCAUGGAGACCGAGACUACAGGUAUACACAACACAGCCAUGGAGACAGAGACUACAGGUACACACAACACAGCCAUGGAGACAGAGACUACAGGUAUAGACAACACAGCCAUGGAGACCGAGACUACAGGUACACACAACACAGCCAUGGAGACCGAGACUACAGGUACACACAACACAGCCAUGGAGACAGAGACUACAGGUACACACAAAACAGCCAUGGAGACAGAGACUACAGGUAUAGACACAACACAGCCAUGGAGACCGAGACUACAGGUACACACAACACAGCCAUGGAGACAGAGACUACAGGUAUAGACACAACACAGCCAUGGAGACCAAGACUACAGGUAUAGACACAACACAGCCAUGGAGACCGAGACUACAGGUAUAGACACAACACAGCCAUGGAGACAGAGACUACAGGUAUAGACACAACACAGCCAUGGAGACCGAGACUACAGGUAUACACAACACAGCCAUGGAGACAGAGACUACAGGUACACACAACACAGCCAUGGAGACAGAGACUACAGGUAUAGACAACACAGCCAUGGAGACCGAGACUACAGGUACACACAACACAGCCAUGGAGACCGAGACUACAGGUACACACAACACAGCCAUGGAGACCGAGACUACAGGUAUAGACACAACACAGCCAUGGAGACCGAGACUACAGGUAUAGACACAACACAGCCAUGGAGACAGAGACUACAGGUAUAGACACACCACAGCCAUGGAGACAGAGACUACAGGUACACACAACACAGCCAUGGAGACCGAGACUACAGGUAUAGACACAACACAGCCAUGGAGACCGAGACUACAGGUAUUGACACAACACAGCCAUGGAGACUGAGACUACAGGUAUAGACACAACACAGCCAUGGAGACCGAGACUACAGGUAUUGACACAACACAGCCAUGGAGACCGAGACUACAGGUAUUGACACAACACAGCCAUGGAG